AUGGAGCAGGAAGUCAAGUCUCCAGUCAUUCUCGAAGACUCCCGACAUGGCUACUUCAUGAAGCAAGCACUUGCGAUGGGCGAAAAGGCACUCGCUACUGGGGAGACCCCAGUCGGCUGUGUCCUAGUCUACAAUGACAAGAUUGUGGGAUCGGGUAUGAAUGAUACCAAUCGUUCAAUGAAUGGCACACGACAUGCCGAAUUCCUCGCCAUCGCAGAAAUGCUCCAGACCUAUCCCAAGUCUGCCAUCAAGGAGACCGACCUCUACGUUACAGUCGAGCCAUGCAUUAUGUGUUCCGCCGCCCUUCGGCAGUACGGGAUCCGGAGUGUCUUCGUGGGUACUCACAAUGAGAGGUUCGGAGGUGUUGGGGGCGUGCUGACGAUUCAUUCCGAUAAAUCUAUCGAUCCGCCUUACCCCGUGUACGUCGGGCUUUACAGAAAAGAAGCGAUCACUCUGCUCCGUCAAUUUUACAUCCAAGAGAAUGAAAAGGGUAAGACUAUUAUGAAAUGA